CACCGGGUACUAAUUCUUCCUUGACCGGAUUCUUUAGCUGUAUAUAGUGCUUUAUUUUAUUAGCUCAACAUCCUGGUCACAACCACAACUCCUUCCAGUCGCGUCAGGUGUCCUUCAAAAGAAAAGGCACAAGUUCUGAUUAAAAUACAUCAUUCAUAUAACAUAACAUACUAAAUUUAAAAAAAAACUAAAACCCUACUCAUUGUCUGCUACAUUGGGUUCAUUUAUUAGAAACAAACUAUACAGAGCUAGCUUAACAUUAACCAAGGGGUGGCACCGGCCCCACAACUGACCUAUCCAUAAACCACUAGUUCUGUAUUGGAAUGGAAAGAUGCAGCUGAGUUGUGUGUGGCUCAGUGGGUGAACAUGUAAACAAGACAAGGACGAAUUUGGUCCCGGUCACCAGGUGGGAGCCCUUUGCCUGCAACCCACCUAUGCAGAGGCUGAUUUCCCCACUUUGUUAUCAAUAAAUUGAAUCCAAUUGCUGCCACCUGCAGAGGGUGCUGCAGCAUCACAGACUGGCCUUGUAACCUGUUUCCUCCUCCUCACUGUGGGGAGAGAGUUUAUUUGAAGUGAGACAGAAAGAGGAAGGAAGACAAACGGAGAGCGAGCACCAAGCAGAGGAAAAAUUAGAAACCUAAAGAGCCAAAGAAAGAAAAGAGAAGGUGGAGAGACAUCUACACAGACGGAGACAAGAGGCAGAAGAAUAGGUGCCAGUCCAGCUGCAGAUAUGUCAUCCCGGCCUGAGGGUAAGACAACCCAGUUUGUGUCUCUCACCAUGAGGCUGAAGGAUAAACUCCACCCACAAAGGAUCAAACGCUCUGAACAAAUCAAACACAGCCUGUCCAACAGAACCGAACCAGCUGAUGUAAAGCUACAGGACAAGACAGUGUGUGUACUGGCUGAUCGGCAGCGGGCCGUCGUCAACUCCCUGCAGUACUUCAAGGCUUUGGUGGACAGACUGGGAGUGGACACACUGGUCCAGGAUCAGUCAGUGGUGGGGCAUCUGCUGGGUGGGGCAUCCAGUAGAGUUCUGGAGGCAGUCCAGUCUCUGGUUGAACAUCACAGUAAGACCAUCUCUACUUGUCCUGCUCGUCUCUAUCAGUCUCUGGCUCAGUUGAUUCGCUGGACUGAUCAGGUGGUGAUGCAGGGCGUUACCCAUAACAACAAGGAGUCCAAAGCCAGUGUUACCACGGUGAUAAGGUCUGUGUUGGACGGGGUCAAGGAUCUUGUUCGCUUGGCUGCAGAGAGGCACGAAGCCACUGCUCCUCUGUCCCCAGUCCAUUCUCAGUCCACCGAGGUAUCGACCAAGGAGUCUUCAGACUGGGUAUCAACUGCUACAGCUCCUGCAGGACACAAGGAGCAGGAGAAAAUGGAGGAGCAGAUGGUUGUAAGCCCUCCCAAACCUCCUAUUCCUCUAGUCCAUGUGAGCCCCCCACAGGCUGCCAGUCCUCCAGCUCUGCCUCCUAAAAAACGUUUGUCGUCACUGGGCCCAGCUUCCUGCAGGGUCGCCAUAGUAGCACCAAUGAGACGCCAGCCUGAAGCUAAACAACAUGUUCAGCAGGAGUCUGAGGACGAUGAGUGCCUGAAGCAAUUUUCUUCUUCUGCAGACAACACACACUGUGAGGAUGAUCCGGACUAUGACUUCCUGCAUAAGGAUCUCUCUUCUUCUAAGACCCUCCCUCCUCUUCCUCCCCCGUCUUUCCUUCCCCCUGCCCUUCCGGAGAAAAGAUGUCGUAGCACCACAGGGGCAACCAACUCUCAAACUCCAUCAAAUUUAGAGCAUGAUUUCACCCAUAAGGAGGAGAGCUUCGCCCACUGUGAUGACAUCAUGGAUCCUGGUGAGGCCCCAUGCACCAAGGCCCCCCCCCCCCCUUCCAGAGAAAAAACGACACAGUUCCAGCUUCUUCUGUUGAGGGACAUCCACCUUCUUAUCAUGCUCUUCACAGAACACACUAAAGGUCCAGUUCUCUGGACCCACAAACCCCACAACAGUCAUGUACACUAUAUUGUUCAAAGUAUUCGCUCUUCGAUCCAAAUAAUUGGAAUCAGGUGUUCCAGUCACUUCCGUGGCCACAGGUGUAUACAAUCAAGCACCCUGGUAGCAGACUGGAUCUGCAGCAGGUGCAGAGGUGAAACUAGGUCAGAAACCUGUUUGUCUUUGUGUCCAGUCCAUCAGUAUCUGGAGGUGUGCUCAUCCUACAGCGCUCCGUCUACAGCCAUGUUCUAUCAAAGACCUCAUUACAACAGCAAAGCACAAGAUGUAGAGACCACAUAUGAGCUCACACACCCACACCGGAACACACCUGAGCUGCCCUCUGCUCCACUGCUGCCAUUGAAGAAGAAACAGCAGGAUUCAUCCAAAGAUCACGAAGAGACCAACACAAACCAGAGCAGAGAAAGUUCCCAGAGUCUCCAGCAGGAGAAGGAGGAGGUGUUACUGACCAGCCAGCAGGAGAUCCUCAGCAGAAUUGUUAUGAAGUCUGAGGAUGAGGAAGGUCCAGAUGUUAAAGCUGCUACUGCUGAAAUCCUGUUGGUCUAUGCUGCAGAAUCUAAAAGUAGCACAGGUCUUGUCUUGUUUUGUGAAGCCUUUCUCUUAACCUACAGAAGCUUCAUCAACCCGAAGGAAAUUAUCUGCAAACUGCAGCAUCGAUACAGACACCUGAGUGAAGAAUGUGAACCUCUAGAUCCAAAUGUUACCAGAAACACUUUCCACUUACUGCUCAGAGUGGUGGACGGGCUGUGUGUGAUAGAGCUGGAGUCUGAUUUGCUGCUGCUGCUGAUGGACCUGGUCUCCGGCCUCCUAAUUGGUGGGGAGCUGGAGCUGGCUAACCUUCUCCAUUGCAGCAUCCUUUCCAAGAUAGAACAGAAGUGGCAGCUGAUUGGUUCCCCGCAGUGGCACCGCCCCCUUGCAGCAAGAAGUGUAGCAGCCAGACCAGGAACUCUGCUGGACUUCAGGAGUCAGGAUUUAGCUGAACAGCUGACCCUGCUGGACUCUGAGCUAUUCUACAAGAUUGAGCUCCCAGAGGUGUUGCUGUGGUCUAAAGAGCAGAAUGAGGAGAAGAGUCCCAACCUAACAGAGUUCACUCAACACUUCAACAACGUGUCAUUCUGGGUUCGCUCAGUCAUCAUUCUUCAGGACAAACCUCAGGACAGAGAGAAACUACUGCUAAAGUUCCUGAAAAUCAUGAAGCACCUGCGGAAGCUCAACAACUUUAACUCGUACCUGUCCAUUCUGUCGGCGCUGGACUCAGCCCCCCUACGUCGCCUAGACUGGCAAAAAAACACUGCAGAGGCUCUGGAGGAGUUUGGCUCUCUGAUUGAUAGCUCAUCAUCAUUCAGAGCAUAUAGGGCAGCUCUGGCUGAAGCGGAACCUCCCUGUAUACCCUACCUGGGUUUGAUUCUUCAGGACUUGACCUUUGUCCACCUAGGGAAUCCUGACACCUUGAUGACAUCACAGGGUUUAAAGGUUAACUUCUCUAAACGCUGGCAGCAGUUCAACAUAAUAGACACUCUGAGGAGCUACCAGCAAAUCCCAUACUGUCUGCAGCCUAACGAUGACAUCAUAUCUUUCUUUAAUGACUUCAGCGACCACCUAGCAGAGGAGGCACUAUGGGAACUCUCGCUCAGGCUUCGCCCACGAAACACCCCACGAGUCAAUCACAGAUAACAGACUCAAACUAAAAAACAAACAAACUGGGGUAUCUUGGUUUUAUACAAGGCUAACCUGUGCUCAAAAAAUGUUACAAUGGUAACAGUGUAGCAUGAGGUGCACACCCCUGGUGCUAGCAUGACACAAGCUGGUACAAAGCUAGGAUAGACAACUGCUAGCUUUGUGUUAAUGUACUGUAACACAGAAAGACGUACGCAAACUUUAAGUUGUUAGCCUAUCAACCCUUCCUACUACAUAUAAAACCUUGACCACCCUCACCCACCCCCUCUUCAUGUACACAGACUAGCCUGGCUAGGUUAACCUGCUCACUAGCUUCUUGAACCAUUCAGCUUUUUCAUCAAGUUGUGGUUUGGGUAAAUAUUUUAACUGAGUAAAUAAUUAAUGUAUUUUCCAUGACGUCAGUAAAUACAGGAUCCACUAUUAUGGUGUAAGUCUUAACUUUUCUAAAUUUCUAGUGGAAACAAAAUAAAUAUGGACAGAGGACAGUGAUUGUGCUUGUGUAACUUGGAAAAUACUUUUGUUCACAUUUAAUAAUUAUAAUAAUUUCUCAAUGUCUAAAAUAAAGUGUUUUUCUUGUAUACAGCA